AUGAUACUUUUAGGCUUUCGUAUACCAACAAAUCAAAUGCCUAAUUCUAAUGAUACUUCAAAUCGAAAGAAAGAUAGCAGCAACAAUCAAGUGUAUGAUAUUCCAACAACCGUCGAACUAUUAAAGGCAUUAUUUGAGCGUGAAAAUUAUAGUUUCAGUUCAUUCUCAUCAGCUGAUCAUAAUGAAAUAGUUAAAAAAACUAUCGAAAAUUUCGAAAAACAAAAUCAAAUAAAACCAUCAGAAUUAAUUGGUAAUUCUGUCCUAAAUAGAUUUGUAAAUGAUCUGUGCGCAUUUUUUAGCAAUUCUCCUUACUCUAAUAGCGUUAGUACUAUUAACGAUUGUGGCACUAUUAACUAUGAGAUUUAUUCAGCUCGAUCAUUAAACGCAUUAUCGUUGUCAUCAUCUGCUGCUGCUUCAUUUAAUAAUGAAUUUAAAUCAAUUUGGUUUUCUAAAUCUAUGAUUGUUGGUGACGCUCGUCGCAUAUUAUCUACUGUAUUAUAUGGUACAACCAAUAAUACAUUACCUGCUGAGUUUGCUGAACAUAUGUUAGUAUAUGAAAACAUUAUGAUUCCACUGGAAAAUGAUAGUAAAUUAUUAUUUGAGGAAAUCUUAAAAAUUUCAUUUUGA